CAAUGCCAAUGCGCAGUCUCGAAAGAAAUGUCAAUGACCGAGUAAUUUCCAAAGUCAAUCAAACGCAGAUGAAUAGCAAUCAUGCAUAUUACUUUUAUUUCCGGUUAGCUGACCUUUAAAUCCUUGGAAAAUGAACUACUGGUCACUGGUUUGUUAUCCUCCCGCAGCUAUGAAGAUGAGGCGUGCCAAUAUUGCUCGUAAUGUUGCAAUUCCGUCGUUUCGUCAUUCAUAACCUCUAACAUUCAAAAUAAACAAAAAGCUUAUCAGUAAAAGUAGUGGUGUUGUGGUGAACUGGGAAACUUGCGUUAUAAUACAAUUUCUCCUUUUUUUAAUUGUAACACACAGCAAUUCUUCCCGCAUUUGACAGCCCCCCUCAAUUCAACGAUGACUGUAUCAUUUUUCCUCCGUACAUUUAUGUCUGUUCGAGUAGUUACCUACUUGUGGAUUCACCAUGAUGUAACCGAGCUCGAGCCGUACACUUAAGCAUUUCAUUCUCCUAAUUUGAUGACCCGAUUGAAUAUUUUUUCUCUCUGAGCUCUCCAAAAGCUUCAUUCGUUUCUAAUCAUGGCAUAUUUUGUUCCUGGAUCAGCAUCGGAGCCUACAUCUGAGGUUGAACUAACCCUCUCAUGCAGAAAUCUAUUGGACUGCGAUGUGUUCUCUAAAUCUGAUCCAAUGUGCGUUGUUUACUUGAAGACUCCAGAAAUGUCUCAUUGGCAAGAAAUUUGUCGCACAGAAACUGUCAGGAAUACUCUGAAUCCUGACUUCGUGAAGAAAGUCCACAUCCUGUAUCGGUUCGAAGUCCAACAAAACUUAAAAUUUGAGGUGUAUGAUAUUGAUGCCAACAGUUCAAAUCUUGAUGACCAUGACUUCCUAGGCUCUUGUCUUACAACAUUAGGGCAGGUUGUUUCAUCAGGAAAAUCCUGUCUCCCUCUGUCUGGGACAAACCAGCGGAACUCUGGUGAGCUACUUAUUCGAGUCGAAGAACUUUCUAAUUGUAAUGAUGAAAUCACAUUGAAGUUCAGUGGCCGCAACCUGGACAAAAAAGACUUUUUUGGCUCAUCAGAUCCAUUCUUCGAGCUUCUCAAAGUUGUUGAAGAUGGUACGUAUACACUUAUUUAUCGCUCAGAAUUUAUCAAAUGGAACCUAAAUCCGAACUGGAAACAAUUCACACUACCUAUCCGAAACCUUUGUGGAGGUGAUCAUGACCGCGAUAUCAAAAUUAGCUGUUACGACUGGAACAGAAGUGGGAACCAUAGUUUGAUCGGGCACGCACACAUCACAGUCAACCAACUCAAAGCAAAAAAUGUUGCUGCAGAUCAUAGCUUCGCACUAAUUCAUCCUGAUAAAGCGCGCAAAUCAAGCUAUAAAAAUUCUGGGCUUAUGGUGCUAGAAUUUUUUGAUUUUCGAAAAGUUUACUCAUUCUUAGACUAUAUUAUUGGUGGUCUUCAGAUCCACUGUACUUUUGCUAUUGAUUUUACUGCCUCAAAUGGGGACCCCUCAAUGCCUCAGUCCUUGCAUUAUAUAAGUGAUGGUGCUAAUCAGUAUGAACAAGCUUUAAGUGCAGUUGGUGAGAUCAUCCAAGACUACGAUUGUGCGAAACAGUUUCCAGUUUUAGGUUUUGGAGCAAGGCUCCCUCCAGAUGGACGGAUAUCGCAUGAAUUUUAUGUUAACCUCUCUCAAAAUAACCCAUACUGUGAUGGGUUGAAAGGUGUUGUUGACUCAUAUAGGUCCUGCAUCCGUCAAGUGCAACUUUAUGGUCCAACUAAUUUUAGUCCUGUUAUCAACCAUGUUGCCAAGUUUGCUGCAGCAUAUCAAGAUGGUAGUCAGUAUUUUAUUUUGCUCAUUAUAACCGAUGGAAUCAUCACAGAUAUGGAGCACACAAAAGGUGCUAUCGUUCACGCCUCAACACUUCCCAUGUCAAUAAUUAUAGUCGGCGUUGGUCAGGCAAAUUUUGCCGCCAUGAGUGAGUUGGAUGCAGAUACUGUUCCUUUAGUGUAUAAUAAUGUUAAAGCUUUCAGGGAUAUUGUGCAAUUUGUUCCUUUUUCCGAUUUUCAAAAUGUCAAGAACCCGCUUUUAGCAAAAACUUAUCUGGCAAAAGAGGUUCUUGCCGAAAUACCUGAACAAAUUGUUUCUUUCAUGAAAAGUAAAAAUAUUGUGCCAAGUGUGAAAGGUGCUCCUCCACCUUAUUCUGCUUAGCGGAAGAAAAAUUUCAUGUUGUGGUAUUGAACUUUUGUACCUUUUGAAUCAUGUUGCCAAAUUUUUUUUAUGUAUCUGGUGUUAAGGUAGAAUUGUGGAACUUAUUUGUUUGGUUAGAUCAAGUCCUUUACUUUAACAAAUUUGGAAAGAAAAUACAAUGUUGUAGAUGCCUCACUCUCAUUAAUAUUGGCUUUGUCUACUCGGAUAUUUCCUCUCAAGUUUGGGUGAGAGUUUGGCCCUUUCAAAAAGAAGACCUCUGGCAUCAAUUAACUUUUUGAGCUUGAUCGUAAAUUGUAUAAUUUCAAUGCAUCUCAAAGACAAUGAGGGAGGGGAAACAGGAAUGAUGGUUUUUCCCACAUUUUUACUUUCUUGAAGUCUUACCUUACUGUGAAUGAAGAAAAGUUGCCAAGUUUCCCAGACUUUUUUCGGCACUGACAUAUUAAAUAGUAAUUAUAAAAAACAAUUUUAAUCGUCAUAGAGAAAGAAAAAAAAUUUCCAGUCGUUUACCCAAUUCCACGAAUAUAUUUUGGUUCGAGUUCUAAAAAACCUUAACAAAAUAGCAAAGUCACAAUUUUUCUAAAGCCAGAUAAUGCAUCAAAUAUAAUUCCAGAGAAAACAAACAGAAGCUUAUUUGCACUCUCUGCAUUCAUCAGUAAGGUCUGGACUUUUAGCUGAAGGAACAUCUAGAUUAAAAGUGACAGAACGGACUACGAAUGUUGUGUCACUGGCUGUUGUAUUCUUAAAAGCAGGAAACAUUAUAAUUGCAAACUUGGAAACCUCCAAAACUCGUCAUAAUUCUGGAGAAAAGUUUAUGAAGGAGUGAGAAGCUGAAUGUGUUUCAGCACCGGAGUUUCAAAAUUAAUAUUUUUUUCUUAUUUUUUUUCCACAAUAAUACCUAACAUAUGUUCUACUUACUAUUGUAAAAAGCUUCACAAAUUACCUGUUUGUAUUCUUAAGAUUUCUCUUCCUUUUCUGUUUUAAGGAGCAUAGUAUCUUUAUCCAUAGUUGAUCACAUUUGUUCUCAUACUUUCCAUUGUCGCCAUUAUUUUUAAUUUGUUUAUUUCUAGAACUUAUUUGAAAAACUUAAAAUAUUUUAAAGAUUUUUGACAAAUUGGUCUUAAACAAAAAAAAUAUUUCAAGUCUUCUGGAAUUCUUGCAACCACCUUAUGUCAUACAUUGAUUAAUAUGCACAAAUUAUUGUAUGUAGAUGUAUACAACUAAACCAAAAUCACUCAGUACUUUUCUGAUUGUCAUUCUUUUGUGUCAAAGGUUUUCUGUUUUUUUAGUCAAGAUCAAGUUAGAUAUUUUUUCAAUUUUCAAACAUUUCUUUACUAUACCUAACGUAAUUCUACUUUUUACUGUAUUCCUUCAAGAGCAUCAAAUUUUUUAUUCAGGCAUAGGACAUUAAUAAGUGUACGGUCUCGUAUUAAUAUAUGCCCAUUUUUCCUACAGAGGCCAAGGAGUAUAAAAGCUCUACUUUUAGGGUAUUCCUAAUCAGGUCUUUACGCUCUGAUUUCUUUUUUUACUUCAGCCAAUAUUGGGAUGUUCUUAACCGUGCCUUCAUGCCUGUCUUUUGCGUACUUAAGUUUUCCGUUGCUUUCUGUUCACCUGUAGGAUUCAUUAAAUUAAUCUUUCAUAUUCAUUUGGUGAGGAAUCCGUCAAGGAUCGCCACUAAGAAAAAAAAGGGAAAAAUUCGUUGACCUGAGGAAAACUACUUAACAAAUUCUAUAAUUACCAUCAUUCUGCAUUACAGAUAACAAAUUUUACAUUUAUAGGAUUUUAUACAAUUGAAA